AUGGCUGUCGUCGUCCGAAUGUUGAAUCUCUUCUGCGCCGCAAUGGUAUUCGCAUUAGUCACAUCUGAACUCGCCAUGCCAGCUCUCGCUGCAGUCACCUCCGCUGGAGUCACACCCAUCAGCAGCAGCGGUCAGUCAGAGAGCGCCAGUUCGCCUCGCAAGCUGCUGCUGCGUGCCUCCAGUCGCAGGCAGCUGGACGAGGUGAACGCGGAUGGCUGCACUGACGGCGGUGGCGACACCAGCAGUGGUGGUGACACGGGCAGUGGCGGCGACACCGGCAGUGGCGGCGACACGGGCAGUGGCGGCGACACGGGCAGUGGCGGCGACACCGGCAGUGGCGGCGACACCGGCAGUGGCGGCGACACCGGCAGUGGCGGCGACACCGGCAGUGGCGGCGACACCGGCAGUGGCGGCGACACCGGCAGUGGCGGCGACACCGGCAGUGGCGGCGACACCGGCAAUGGCGGCGACACCGGCAGUGGCGGCGACACCGACAACGGUGGCAGCAGCAGCAGUGUGGACGUGGCAGCAAUUCUGGAGGAGCAUAACAAGGCCCGGCAGGAAGUGGGUGUGCCGGACCUCUCAUGGGACGACGGGGUGGCAGCAACAGCACAGGCUUGGGCGAAUGAGCUUGCUUCUAGAGGGUGCAUCAUGGAGCAUGGAGGAGCGGAUGGGCUUGGGCAGAACCUGUACUGGAAGGGCCCUGUGCAGCUCAACAGUGACGAGGACCGGGCGGCGGUGCAGUCGUGGGUGGCGGAGAAGGCGGACUGGACGUACAGCCCUGUGCCGGAGGGGUGUGCGGCCGGCAAGAUGUGUGGGCACUACACACAGGUGGUGUGGCGGGAUACCACACAUGUGGGGUGCGGUGCUGCCCAGUGUGCGGAUGGGGGAGGCAUGUGGGUGUGCGACUAUUCGCCACCCGGCAAUAUGCUUGGGUCUACUCCUUACUAG